GCAACAGGCUCCUCCCCGCGCGAAGGUUUGAAAACUCCUUGAGAAGAAGGAAGAGUCGAGUGGCCGAACAGCGAAAAACAAACGCAGACAUGGCUCCCAGAAAGAGAACCACCAAACAACGGAAAAACAACCGCAAGUCAGCGAAGCUCGAAGCUUUUCUUGAGGAUUUCGACAGUGAAGUGAAGACCAGAGUUGAACAACUGAAAGAGAAGAUCAACCAGUUGCUGAAAGAUGUGGACAAUGGCUACAACAUGGCAGUAAUCAAGCUUCCCAAAGCUGUCAGGCAGAUGCCCUGGUUGGAACAAUGCAAGUCUGAGAAACCAAAGUCACCAGAAGUGGAUGCAACACAGGGGCAAGAGGAAGCUGCAAUUGUUGAAAGUGUUGUGGCUGAGGACCACGCAGUCCUUCUGAAAUCAGUCAAGAAAACAACAAAGAAAAAAGGUGUAGCCAAAUCCAGUUCAGAGGAUGAAAACAGCCCCACCACAACAAGAAAGGUGAAAGCAACAAGGAAACCCCCAACGACAUCAAAAAGAGCAAAGGCAAUGUCAGUCAGCAAACAGAAUACCUCCAUCAGACGAUCGAAUAGGAAGCCUAUGGUGACGCCUGCUCGGAGCAUAAUGGAUUCUUCUUUAAUGAUGGGACCCACUCCCCUCGUCACCCCACGCUUCGACCCAAGGCUUCCUAAGACCCCCGCUGUGAGAGUUCCCCGCCACAAAGAGAGGGUCUAUAGCAUUUCUGUCAACGGCUCUCCCAUCGCAGCAGGAAACCAGGACAUCGUAAUCAACGUCCCCAUCGGCAACGGAGAGAGUGUUCAGCUGUUGGCUAGUCAGAUGGACUCGGUGGAUUUGUCAAUGCUGGAUGAAACUGCCCUGAGGAGCAUUCGGCUGCUGCAGAAUCGCCUCACAACACUGUGUGGACAGUGACCGAACACCAACUACUCUGGUGACUCCAGCCAUAUUAUAAGACUAUGUUUUUGUUAGUAAAUGUUAGGUUUUCUGGGGUUUGUCUAGAUUUUAGUUGUUCUGCUUCUGCAGGAAUUACGAUUAUUUUACUGUUCUUUGAAUCUUUUGUAAAUAUGCUCUAAUCCUGCCUUCUUUUUUCUUUUUUUUUAAAUUUCAAACCGUUCUCUGCAGUGUUUCUUAUAAAUGAGUGAGCAUUUUGUAAUUAGUAGUGCAAAUGCACACUUCAUGUACAUACUUUAUUCUUUGUCUGCAAACCUGAUAAAGGAUUUUGACACAGUUUUAAA